AACAACAACCCUCACUACACUACAAAUGGUUCAUUCAUAAAUAGUCCCAUAUAGCUUCCACACCACAUAUAUGUGUGUGAUAUAGAUAACAUAGUACUUUCAUUGCUACACACUACACAAAGAGACACAAUUUAUUCACUUCUUUUUCGUCACGGUUGAAAUGGGAUCACAACCUCAAUUUGAGCAUCCAAAUAAGGCCUUUGGUUGGGCAGCAAGAGACCAAUCUGGUCUUCUCUCCCCUUUCAAUUUCUCCAGAAGGGAAACAAAUGAAAAAGAUGUGUCACUCAAAAUAUUGUUUUGUGGAAUAUGUCACACAGAUCUCCACAUGAUUAAGAAUGAAUGGGGCAUAUCCACCUAUCCACUAGUUCCUGGACAUGAGAUUGUUGGUAUAGUGACAAAAGUGGGAAGCAAAGUAGAAAAGUUCAAAGUUGGAGACAAAGUGGGUGUUGGCUUCAUGAUCGAUUCAUGCAGAUCGUGUCAAAAUUGUGCUGAAAAUCUUGAAAGUUAUUGUCCUCGCUUUACAGCCACAUGUGGUGCCAAAUAUCGUGAUGGCACCACCACAUACGGAGGUUACUCUGACUCAAUGGUUGUAGACGAGCACUUUGUGGUUCACAUUCCCGAUGGUUUGCCACUUGAAGCUACUGCUCCUCUUCUUUGUGCCGGUAUCACAGUGUAUAGUCCUCUUCGAUAUUUUGGACUCGAUAAACCUGGUAUGCAUAUAGGUGUUGUUGGUCUUGGUGGACUUGGUCACAUGGCUGUUAAGUUUGCUAAAGCUUUUGGGGCUAAUGUGACUGUAAUUAGUACAUCACCUAACAAAGAAAAAGAAGCAAGAGAAUGCUUAGGAGCUGACUCAUUUUUGAUAAGUCGUGACCAAGAUAAGAUGCAAGCUGCAGUGAAUACUUUGGAUGGUAUCAUUGACACAGUUUCAGCUGAACAUCCUCUCUCACCUCUAAUUGGAUUACUGAAGUCUCAUGGAAAACUUGUAAUGGUUGGUGCUCCAGCGAAGCCUCUGGAGCUCCCUGUCUUUACUUUGCUUUCGGGGAGAAAGAUAGUAGCUGGAAGUAAUAUUGGAGGGAUGAAGGAGACUCAAGAUAUGCUUGAUUUUGCUGCUAAACACAAUGUAAAACCUACCAUUGAAGUCAUCCCUAUGGAUUAUGUUAACACUGCAAUGGAGCGACUCCUCAAAGCAGAUGUCAAAUAUCGAUUUGUGAUUGACAUUGGAAACACUCUCAAACCAAGCUCUUAAAUUCUAUACAACUCUAUUGUCUGAAGUUGGGUUUGAUGAAAUAAAUGAUUUUGGAUAGUGGACAUCUCAAAGAUUUUGUGCUUGAACUUGUUUAUGUUGCUGAACUCAAAUGAGUUUGAUAAGCAUGUAAUGGUUAGAUCCUAGAUAUUCCCUAUGUUAGCAUUACUAUUAUCUACUAUGGAUUUGUAGAUAAUAGUAAUAAUAUGGAUUUGAUGUUGCUGAACUCACUUACUAUUAUCUACGAUUCAUGCAAUCCACUUACCUCUGUUUAUGUUGCUGAAUGCUGUGGAUUUGAUGCACAGACUCUGCUUUCGAGGGACCAGAAUGGGUUUGUGGGGUUUUCUUUCUUCAUUCGUUAUACCAGAAAAUUUCAUCUUUGCAUUUUCAUCAUCAACAAUCUUAACAUAUUCAUGAGAAUCAUCACAUAGACUUUUAUGAAGCUGAACUCAAAGUUUCAUCUUGAAACAAGGAUCCAUAACAACCGCAAUUGCAAUUGCCAGAACCAGACUACAAUCUUGAAAUUCCAAUCAGAAAGACAAGCAGAUACAGCAUGGCUAAUAGCAGCAGAGUCAGAAUCAGGGUAUGGUUCCAUCACAACAUUGAGAUAAAGCCACCUCAUUGCCCCAUCAUUUAAUUUGUUGUGUUCAAUGGUAGUAUUGUCCAACUCAUCAUCAGAUGUCCUUCCAUUUGUAUCACCACCACAAACUUUUAAUUCAGAUGUAGAAAAUAUAAUAAUGUAAUAAUAAUAUGAACAAAACAUAGAUACGAAAAGUAUGCA